AUGGCGCAAGGUCAGCUAAAGAAAACCAAAGCGCCAGCCACAAAAAUCACCCAGCGCAAGCAAACCGGCGCCCGAGUGAUCAAGCCCAAGAAGCAAGCGCUCCUCAAGCAGCACAAUAUGAAGAAGAAGCUGUCGUCUGGUCUCGCUGCUGCGACUGAGAAGUCUCUUGCUGGGAAAGCUGGACAUCUUGAGAUGCUGCAUGGUGGGAAGAAGGACAAGAAGGCGGAGAAGGCGGCCCUGGCGAAGAAAUGA